AUGGGAACAACGGAGAAGCCAUCGAUAUGGCACUCCUUCUCAUCCGACCAUCGCAAAGAGCGUAAAGAGCGUAAAGAACGCAGAGCAUCGUCAUCCACCCCAAGGACCACACAGUCCAGCUCCUCACACUACCCAUCAUGGCUACGAGGCCGCGGCAAUAGCUCGGACAUAUCCGACAAACCACCCCCAUACACCGAAACCGCCAUCCCAGCCAUCCAAAUCACAUCCCCCGAAGCGACAGAGACGGAGUCCGACUCUCAAUACUCCUUCCUCGCCGACUUCGACACCAUCUUCCUCGUAGACGACAGCAGCAGCAUGCAAGGCCGGCGCUGGAAAGAAGCCGAAGCAGCCAUCGCGGCCAUUGCCCCCAUCUGCACAAAAUACGAUUCCGACGGAAUCGACAUCUACUUCCUCAACCACCGCGACUACAAUGACACCGCAGGCGGCUACCACAACAUCACGACCGCUAGCCAAGUGCACAGCAUCUUCAACCGGGUGCACCCGCGCGGUCCGACGAGGGUCGGCAGUCGCCUUUUUGAUAUCCUCGACCCAUACAUGCGCCGUGUGGAAGCGAUGCAUGCUGCGAAGCGUGAGCACGGUAAUGCGCUGCACCCGGCGCUUUUUGUGAAGCCGGUCAAUAUCAUUACGAUUACCGAUGGGGAGUUUACGGAUGAUGCGGAGGGGAUCAUUGUUAAGACGGCCAAGAUGUUGGAUGGACCUAGUUGUGAUGCUAUUCCGUGGCAGGUCGGGAUUCAGUUUUUCCAGAUUGGGAAUGAUGAGAAUGUUAGGCGGUAUUUGGAGGAUUUGGAUGAUCAUCUUGGGGAAAGGUGUCGGGAUCUCCAUAUGAGGGAUAUUGUUGAUACUGUCUCUUGGAGGAAUCGGGAUGGGGAUCGGUUGGAGGGGGAUGGGAUAUUGAAGACUGUGCUUGGGGCUGUUAAUAAGAGGUUGGAUAGGCGGACGGUCUGA